GGGCAUCAAUUUUUUUGGACUGUCUCUUUCUGAGUCUUUUUUACUGUUUCCUACCUCACAGUAACUCGCAUUUAUUGGUGUGUCAUAGAACAAGGUUUUUCUUUGUUGGUUGUCAUGUUCCCCAAGAGCCAAAGAUUCUCCAUUUCUUGAAUUUAUUUCUUUAUCUUAAAUCUUAAUCAAAUCAAAUAGGUACCCUUGGUUUCUAGUUUUAACUUUCAAGUUCAUUUGUCUCACUUGGUUCCUUUCUUAUGGCCUCGUAGACAGCCAUUCCAGAGAAAGUUUUAAAAAUGCUCCAUGUGAUGAUGGUGUGGUGGCUUUAGUAGUAGGCUCUAAAAACAGCAUACUUUGAGAAUUUUGAAUUCUUGUUAUCUUAUUUUUUUCUUGGUGUUUCAUGAAAAAUUUUGAUUUGGUUUUUCCUCAAUGGUUCUUUAGUUUUUGAGUUGUUGGAUAAGCGGUUGAUUUCUAUAAGCAAGAAAGUGUAGAGAUAAUGUUGGUAUCAAGAUACCCUUUUCCACUUUCAAUGGUGGGAAAAGGAUGGAUAAUGGCAAUGGAAAGUGAUGUGCUUUUGAGAUUGAAGAAUGUGGGAAUAAAGUUGAAGUGAAAGGUGUUUGAAGCUUUUGGAGCCUAAUUAACUAGAAAAAGGAAAAGAAAAUAAGGGGAUAAUAUGCCAACGGUGUGGUUCUCUCUAAAGAAGUCUUUACACUGCAAAUCAGAACCGUCAGAUGUUCAUGACCCAAAAUCAAGGAAGCAGUUGAGCACAAUCUUGACUAGAAAAGCAGGAAGGUCAGGGUGUUCAAGGUCUAUAGCAAAUCUCAAAGAUGUCAUCCAUGGAAGUAAGAGACACUUAGAGAAGCCACCAAGUUGUAGUCCAAGAUCUAUUGGGAGUAGUGAGUUCCUAAACCCAAUAGCCCAUGAAGUAAUUUUGAGUAACUCAAGGUGUGAGCUCAAAAUCAGUGGUUUUGGUGGUUUCCAAGAAGGGUUUGGUGGUGGUGGUGGUGGUGGUGGUGUUAGUGGUGGUGGUGGUGUUCUUGGUGCUAAUGGUAGCAAUGGUGGUAGUGGUUCAACUUUUGUGGGUACUUUAAGGCCUGGUACACCUGGGCCUGGUGGACACCCAACAAUGCACUACUUUAAUCCUUCUGUUAGGACCUCAUCAACUCCUCCAAGGAAAUCUCCUUUUCUUGUAUCAGAUAGAGACGGGUCUGGCAUUUUUGGUGGUGGUGGCAUCCGUUCAAGCAAUAGGGUCUCCCUUGAGACAGAUUCUAAUGGGUCUUCUACAGUGACUUGCCAUAAGUGUGGUGAGCAGUUCAGCAAAUGGGAAGCUGCUGAAGCUCAUCAUCUCUCCAAGCAUGCUGUUACUGAACUUGUGGAAGGUGACUCAUCUAGGAAAAUUGUUGAAAUUAUAUGCCGGACAAGCUGGUUAAAGUCAGAAAACCAUUGUGGUCGGAUUGAGAGAGUUUUGAAAGUUCAUAAUAUGCAAAAAACUCUUGCUCGAUUCGAAGAAUAUAGGGAGAUGGUGAAAAUCAAAGCCAGCAAACUCCCCAAGAAACAUCCCCGGUGCCUCGCUGAUGGUAAUGAACUUUUGAGGUUCUAUGGCACAACUGUGGCGUGCUCUCUUGGUCUAAAUGGUUCCUCAAGUCUAUGUAUAUCAGAAAGAUGCUGUGUUUGUCGAAUUAUUAGAAAUGGAUUCUCUGCCAAGAAGGAGCUCAAGGGUGGAAUAGGAGUUUUCACAACUUCUACAAGUGGAAGAGCUUUUGAAUCUAUUGAAAUUCUUGAGGAAGAACCUGCUGCAAGGAAAGCUUUAAUAGUCUGCAGAGUAAUUGCUGGGAGGGUCCAUAGGCCUUUGGAAAAUAUACAAGAAAUGGCUGGACAAACAGGAUUUGAUUCUUUGGCUGGUAAAGUGGGUCUUUAUUCAAAUAUUGAGGAGCUUUAUUUGCUCAAUUCUAGAGCUCUCCUUCCUUGCUUUGUGGUAAUAUGCAAACCUUGAAGAAAGAUAAAAGAUGCUUUACAUUAUCACAUUGAAGUUAUGUGAAUCUGUUUUGGUUAUUCUAGAAAUUUUGUCUAGAGGUUUUCCCCCUUCUUUGUUGUGGAAGGAAUUUGAUUUUUUUUCUAUCCUCUAUUCAAUUUCAAAUAUAUUAAAGGUUUGUACUUUUCUGCGUUAAUUAUAUCAGGCUCUUCCUAAGUUUGCAGUUA